AUGGCAAAAAGAAAGUUACCGAAAGAAGUGUACUGUGAAACUGAAACUAGCGAUGAAGAGUUUUAUUUUGACUUCUUGAAUACUGACUCUGAUAUAGAAAGUGAUAAUGUUUGUAGCGACUCUGGUAGUGACAUAGUUCCAGUGAAGCGACGAGUGAGGCAAUUAGUAAUAUCCAGCGACAGUGAAGUAGAAGAAAAUGAUGAAAAUGAGAACAGUAAUACACUGCUUGAAAAAACAAUUGUACUAGAAACAGCUUUUUUGGGUGUAAUCCUUAACAUGGGUACUAUACCAGUUCCUAAUAUAAAAUAUUAUUGGACUAAGGAACACGUUGGAAACAUACCAUUUUUUAGAAAUAUAUUUCGAAGGGAAAGAUUUCUUCAAAUAUUUUGGAUGUUACAUUUGAAUGAAAAUGUUUCCAGAAAUCCAAAUGUAACGACGAGAAUCCAAAAAGUGAGCAAUUUUAUCGAUUAUAUUGAUGGUAAAUUCCAAGAGCAUUUUACACCGGAUAGAGAAAUAUCAAUCGAUGAAUCUGUUGUCAAAUUUAAGGGCAAAAUUAAUUCUAUAACAUACAAUCCUAAAAAGCCCACCAAAUGGAGAAUCCGUAUUUAUGUGUUAUCAGACGCACGUACAGGAUACAUAUAUGCUAUGCUUCCUUACUACGGAAGCGUUAGUACAGAAUCUCUCAUCCGUCCGGACCUCCCUGUUAAACAAAACAGAAAAUAUAUACCAGCUGUGAUUAAAAAACCAGCUGUAACAAAAAAUACUGUUGCUGCCUAUCGAUCAGGUGAUAUUCUGUUAUUAGCGUGGAAAGAUAAGAGAAUAGUCACCAUACUAAGCAGCUACGAUACCUCCGGCACGAAAACUAUAGAAAGAAGGGUGAAAAAAGCUGGCACCGUCAACAUUAGCAAACCAAAUGUUAUUAUAAAUUACAAUAUGAAUAUGGGAGGGGUCGAUAAGGCUGACCAAUUAGCAAGUUCAUAUUGUUUUAUGAGAAAAUCUUGCAAAUGGUGGAGAAAAAUUUUUUUCUGGGGAUUAGAGGUUUGUGCAAUCAAUAGCUACAUCUUAUGUAAAGUGUCAGCUAGAAGAGAGAACAGGACGCUUAUGUCACAUUGUAUGUUUGUCCGAAAAUUAGUGGAACAACUUGUAGGUGAUUUUCGUGAUGGAGCAUCUUCAAAACUAAGAAGACCAUCGGCCUCAGAUAAAGAGGAAAGGCUUAAUGGCAAACUACAUAUAUUGCUGCACUGUGAAGAUGUAAAGAGUGAAGAUUGUUUUGUAUGUUCAAACAGAAAGAUCAAGGGCGGAAGACGCCAAACUAAUUAUUUUUGCGAUACAUGUAAUCGAAAACCAGGACUGCAUGUUGUAGACUGUUUAGAAAGGUACCACACGAUGGAGAGCUAUAAAAUAUAA